GUCGUCACUAGUUACCACUGCCACAAAGUCAUAAACCUCGCCUAUUUCUACAAUAUAUCUUAUUAAAAUUUGAUUUGAAACCUUACCUUAACAUUAUGCCUAACCCUAACUCUGAGCUAUAAUAAAGAACCCUAACCUUAAUUUAAGACCAAUAAGCACUUCUAUUUUUUACGAGCCAUUUUUUCCGUUGUGGCUGUGGUAACUAGUGGAAACGUAUUUUCUUGGCGGGGAUGUGGAUUCGGAGUAGUACCACUGAGGAUAAUAAGAACGGUAACGUUAGCUACUAGCUAGCAGUGAAAGCAGCUGGGUCGAGUAAAUACUACCGAGCAAGCUUGUGGCACUAACGUUUCUGGGGAACGUAGACUACAUAAAUAUUUUGACUAACGUUAACUCUUUAGGCUAUCGAUACCUAGUUGACUAGCUAUAUCGUCUUCGUGUUUGUCUUGCCUGAACAGACAUCUAGCUAUCCGCUUCUGUUCAGCAGAGUUAAAUAGGCAGCUUUGGGAAACGAAAUAGCUAGCCAGCCAGCCAGGUCACAGAAGUGCAGUGUUGUUGACAGCUCCGGACCGUGCCGUCAUCUCCGUCAGUUUCCGAGGAUGGUUAUGUUAAGGAGUGUCCCUCCACCUAGCGAGGGUGUCCGGCAUGAACAAGCCGAGACCACAGCGGUGUUGGACGGGAAGGGUCUCGGCGCAGGGACUCUCUACGUUGCUGAAACGCGGUUGUCGUGGUUUGACGGGUCAGGGAUGGGCUUCUCUCUGGAGUACCCCACUAUCAGCCUGCACGCCAUCUCACGAGACCUCAGCGCCUACCCACAGGAACAUCUAUACGUCAUGGUCAACGCCAAACUCAACGAUGAGAUGCAGGAGAAUGCCCAUGAUGAUGAGGAUAAGAGCAGUGAGGAAGAUGAGUCUGAGGGGAUCACAGAGAUCCGCUUCGUCCCUAGCAACAAGGCAGCAUUGGAGUCUAUGUUUUCAGCGAUGUGUGAGUGUCAGGCCCUGCACCCAGACCCAGAUGACGAAGACUCCGACGGGGACUUUGACGGAGAUGAGUACGAUGUGGAGGAGGCAGAGGCAGAGCAUGGUCAGGGUGAUAUCCCGUCAUUCUGUACAUAUGAGGAGGGUGUGUCGGGGCUGACGUCUGAAGGCCAGGCCACUCUACAGAGACUGGAGGGCAUGUUAGCUCAGUCUGUCGCAAACACCUUUCACAUGGCUGGUGUCCGCACUGAUGAGGCCAAUGGAGAGUUUGAUGAUGGGAUGGAGGUGGAUGCAGGGUCGACGGUGGCCGGACAGUUUGAAGAUGCAGACGUAGACCACUAGUAAUAGCAUAUCAUAAUACUACGUUGUAAUUAUCAAUGGAACUCAACUCUACUGCCAGUCAAAGCGCUUGUGGUGCAUUGUGGGAUAGGAGGAGACUACAACCUCUCCACUUCCUGUCCCCAUCGCAUCAUUUUCUGUUCAUUUCCACACACACACAUAUUCCUCUCUUGUGUUUUUUACCUGAAGAGCAGUUGUACUGAGUUUUCCCCAACAGGGAGCAGUGUUGUCUUUGUAUGAAAUCGCUUCAAUAAAUAAAUAGUUUUUGUAUGAA